AUGUCCCAACCGACGAACUUUGGUGAAACAAUUUCAAACGGAAUUCAGGACGUUGCUGCUCUGCUCCCUUUGCUAGGUACAGAGCAAUGCGAGCGACAUGUGGGCACCGCGCUGGAGAAGGGCUAUCUAUAUGCAGCGGCGACACCUCUGUCAAUUUUUGGCAGCCUUGGCAUAGUGAGAACGGCAUUCUCGACUCUCCUGGCCACCACCACACGACCUUUUUACGGCGGCAGCUGGUUGAAUGAUGCCGGAUUUGGAACCUCAGGCUCGGUUUCGUCAAUGGUCACUCUUGUGAAAGACACGCAACAGUAUGGUGCCGAGGUUCAGCUACAGCGGCUGAUGAGGGAACAGCAUAUUGACGAUCCUGAGCUCGUCGCUGAGAUAGAAUGGCACGGUUGGAGGGGGAGGAACAGGGCACAUGGAUUAGAGUCGCCACUUGCCUUACCGUGGAAUGUCGCUCUCAUCUUGACCUCGAUGGCCUUGUCGCUUGCCAGUAUCUCGCCAUAUCUCUACCUCAUCCACGAAAAUUGGGGGCGUGCGACGUUAUGGUUGUUCCCCAUCCUCCGCUCUUUUGGAGCGUUGUUGUGUGUAGUUGCGGUGCAGCUCGCCCUCCAGAUCAGAAUAUACCGUAUCACCGUGAUCAGCUUACUCCUGAUGAAAGCGCGCAAGCGAUAUCCCUUGUCAAUCGAAGAAGAUAAUAAAGACCGGGAUAUACUGUUGGAAAUGCGGUUGCGCAACCUCCGAGACGAACUAGGUGACGCUUCUGACCCAGAGAAGCAUCCCGAUCGCUUACUCCAGGCAGAGGUUCAGAAGGCUGAUACCCACACCUUAUCCCAAGAUGCCCCCAUGUUCUUCCUUCAGGCCAUUCUCGUCGCUGGGAUGGGCAUGAUCGUCGCUGGCUACAUUGGUUGUUUCAACAUGGUUAACCGGACGAACGUGGAAGGUGGUCCCUACGUGUGGUUCGGGAUGGAGACCGGUCUUUCGGUCAUCCGUAUCGCGUUAUGGGGUUGGAAUCCUCCUUGGGAUGAGCGUAAUAAGGAUUUGACGAUACGAUUGGCAUUGCAUAGCCAGGAUCUUGCCUCUGCCCCUCCCGUUCUCUCGGAUUCCGAGCCGUCGCCCGGCUAUACCGGGGCGGACAAAGCUGACGCAGGCCAGCUCGUUUACGUUCUUCCCAUAUCAUCUUUCCCCCUUAUCACCAUUCCCAAAUAUCUCUCGCAAUUGAAUACACCUUCUGAAUUCAGUUGGGGAUGGCAGAGGGACAAGAAAGAUUUCUUCAUCGUCGAGAGCACUGAGGAUUUCCUCACUGCUGCCACCCCGAAUGUAGGACCCUUGCCACGGCUCGAUAUGAAGGAUAUGAAGGACAUAUCGUUAUAUUACGCCAUUGUUCCUGAUAUCAGUGGCCAUCAAGAGAGGAAGCUUCUUUGUAUGAACGUCUGCCGGAUUGACUCAAAGUGGGCCUCUGUUUCUUUCUUCAUUGAUGGAGACAGGUCGUAUACUGCGUUUACCUCUCAUUCUCGAGUCUUUCCUGGAACUCGUGCCCUCCAAGUCACUUUAGAUAACGAGGUACAGCGGGAUACAAUCACAGUCGUCGAUAGUCAAACGCUCGAUCUUCUUGUUGACUACUCCUUCCGUCUGUUCCGCCGAAUGUGCACAAUAGAUAACUCGGGUGAUCGACUAUCCCUGUCAUGGAACGUCACUCUUCCUUCUUCUCUUCAUUCCGCAGAUAAUGGGAAACCGAUUCCUUUGACAGCCGUUGACAAGGAGUACAUCCGAGUGCGUCAGAGACAAACUCUCCAAGGAGAUUAUUGCAUGCAGAGGGGGAACAUUCUUUUGGGAGUCUUCCAGAACUCUGCUAGUGAUGAAUGGGGACUUCUUCUAGAGAGCGCUGUCAUGGAGGCGUACCUCUGCGUACUUGAACAUCGUUUCGUUCAGUCAGUCUCGCUGUCCCCUGCCCGUUCCCGCGGAAUCGGGUUGGAAUGGAUUCGAAGUAUGGAGGAUAGGGUCUCCUUGGAGACAGAGGAAUGUGUCAGAAGGCAGAAGAGUACCGACCCAUACUCUCUUAUCGGUUAUGAGUUGACGUGGGAUCUACUGGCACAGGAGCUUGGAUCCCUUCGUCGAUUGCCCUCCGAUAGCGACGUAUUACGGUGUUGGAAUCAAACCAUCGCCAAGAUCAUGGAUCACCCCGACCAGCUAAGUAUCUCGGAGCUCAUCGGAUUGCCGCCACUUAAAGAUCUAGAGAGGCUCACAGACAAACUCCUCCCACUCUUUGUUGCGAAUGGUGUCCCAACCCAGGUGUAUCGUAAUAUGAUCACUUUUCUUCGAACGUCGUUGCACCGUUUACGCAACACCAAAGCGUUUUCACUAUAUGACCGCAUUGAUCCAUACGGUCCAGGGUCCCCCGAAUUCAGUCCUCCCUUCACAAAGAUUCGUGAAUUCUCAGAAAACAUCUCGAGAGAGUUGUCCCGCCAGUUCGAUUCGGUUCAAAUGCUUGAAUUCGCUUUCUGGAAGGACACAGCCAGUAUCUUGCUCGAUGUCCUCCAUCUUCUUAAUUCUCUCCCUCCAUCAUCUUCACUCACAACCAUGAUCUUCAAUCGAUCGCCGUUCGGCAACGAAGCUAAUCAAUUGAUGACGUCUAUCCUGCAGAGGCAUCGUCAGAUAAUGUGGGCUCUUUUCGACAGUUGUGACCAUGUUGAUAGAGCUCAUAUAGACCGCGCCAUCGCUGCCAAUCGUCAGAAGUGGAAAGAAGAUGCGCGGAGCGGGGGCACAUUCGGAUAUAGCACCGGAUGCGACCCCAGUCUUGAAUAUCGGGGUGAUUAUGAGGCCGCCACCAUGUAUCAACAGGACGUUAUCAUGACGGACGGUGCAGACCUUGUUGCUAUAAUAUAUAUUCCACAACCAGGCAAAAUCGUUCUCAAUCUUUCGAUUAAACCUGGAUAUGAUCGUGUCACUCUCAUUGCUACUCUUACGCGGUCACCCUCAGCCUCGGUUGGGGAAACCAAUAAUGCUUCCCAAGAUCGCCACGCACGUCGCUUCCAAGUUGUUAGUUCCGACUAUCCUGACUUCAAACCUGUGUCAAUCGGAGGCUUUCCUGAAUUAGAGUCGGGUUUUUAUGAGUUGCGAAUUCGACUCGUUGAGGAAUAUCACUACUUGUUCAGGGAGAUCACCAUCGACUUCAUUGCGCGGACGGAUGGAGAAGAUUCGGGCGAGGGAGUGCAUGAUAGUGAGGCAGUGGAGGGUAGCGAGGCGAGGGAAAUAAGGAUGCUCAGAAGUGAGGGGGAGCAGUUGAGGGUAUUCAGGAGGCAGGGGCAGCAGUGA